CAUGGUUAAUUUUGGUAAGGGAUAUCCUAUAAUGCAAAUUCAUUUCUAGAAACCUGGGCAUGGGUUCAAUAUAAAGUAAGUGACUUCAUUUCAGUUCAUUUUCCCUAAAUAACUUGUUGACCAGAUUAAGACAACAUUAUCAUAUUGUGUAAGUAUUAUUUAGAUGCUACACAUUGCACAAACUGUUGACUGUUUUGAACAACAACUUUUUUGAAAAUGUACAUUUUUGAAUAUUGGCCAAAACACUUCUUAAGUUGUACAUAUUGUAUGAAACCGUUCUUAUAAUAUUCUACAAACACAGUAUAGUAACCAAACCAAUUUUUUGAGCUUCCUUUAGAAUGACUGUUGUCAAUAGAUAUUCAAAUAUUUAUUUAAAGAGGAAGCAUUUGUUCUUAAGGAUAUUUGGCAUUUUUUAUUCCUUCAAACACUAAUAUAAAUAUUAUAGACAUUGCAAAGAUUUGAUAAAGCAAUUUAUAAAUUAACCGAAUAUGUAACGUACAUCUGCGUGCGCGCAAAAACCUUUAGAUUUUUGUGUCAUGCAUGGGCGUAUACACGAGCAGAGAAAAUCAGGGGCGGCCCUUAAGUUCCAACCCCUGUAACUGGGGCUGGAUUUUAGGAAUGCAACACAUGUCGGGCAACCUUCAAGUUGUGGUCUUCGCUCAUCUACUCAGCAGCUUCGUUGUGCAGUGUACCCGAGUAUAAUCUGUCUUUCGGAUUCUUCAGUUAGCCAACGGUGUUCUCCACUGUCAAAGACGCCGAAAACUGCAGGGAUCCCCCUUGUGUUGUCAAUACGCAUGAGUGUAUACGUGCGAGAUGAAGCCCAGGGAAGCGCGCGCCUCUCCACAUACCUGAUGCUCUGGAACGGAGAGAACGCGCGCAAUUUUACGCACGAGAACCAGACCAUGUUUCCAGACCCGACCAUGUCGAACCAAAGCAACGACAUCGACCCGUUCGGUCGGAACGAAGAGGUGGCCAAAAUAGAGAUCACGGUGUUGAGCGUCACCUUCCUCGUAGCCGUGAUCGGGAACCUGAGCGUGCUGCUGGCGAUGCGCAACACCAAGAAGAAGAGCUCGCGCAUGCACCUGUUUAUCAAGCACCUGAGCCUCGCGGAUCUGGUGGUGGCUUUCUUUCAGGUCCUCCCGCAGCUGUGCUGGGAGAUCACCUUUCGAUUCUACGGACCUGACUUCCUAUGUCGGAUCGUGAAGCAUCUCCAAGUCCUAGGGAUGUUCGCGUCCACCUAUAUGAUGGUGAUGAUGACUCUGGAUCGAUACAUCGCCAUCUGUCACCCGCUGAAGACCCUUCAGCAGCCCACCAAGCGCGCACACAUCAUGAUCGGGUCCACUUGGCUGUGCAGCCUGUUGCUCAGCACGCCUCAAUACUUCAUCUUCUCCCUGAGCGAGAUUCAGAACGGCUCGGAUGUUUACGACUGCUGGGGACACUUCAUCGAGCCAUGGGGCAUACGUGCCUACAUCUCAUGGAUCACCGUGGGCAUCUUCCUCAUCCCUGUCAUCGUUCUCAUGAUCUGCUACGGGUUCAUAUGCCAAACUAUUUGGAAGAACAUAAAGUGCAAGACUAAAAGAGGAACGCCGCACAACACGAAAAAGGGGAUGAUCGGAAAAGCGUCUGUCAGUAGUGUCACUAUCAUCUCAAGAGCUAAAUUGAGAACGGUCAAGAUGACGUUCGUGAUUGUGUUGGCGUAUAUCGUUUGCUGGGCGCCCUUCUUCAUCGUGCAGAUGUGGUCAGUCUGGGAUGUAAACUUUUCAUGGGACGAUUCUGAAAACGCUGCUGUGACCCUCUCAGCUUUGUUGGCGAGUCUUAACAGCUGCUGUAACCCUUGGAUCUACAUGCUCUUUAGCGGCCACCUCCUCCACGACUUUUUAAGAUGUUUCCCCUGCUGUAACAGACCCCGGAACUCGCUCCGAAAAGAGGAUUCAGACAGCAGCAUAAGAAAAAACACAUUUCUGACCAAGUUAGCAACGGCCCGGACGGCAAAGGAUGGCUUUGAUUCUUUCAGGGAGCCGUGCAACUCCCGAAACUCCAGUCAGUCUACAGGGCCGGACUAUUCUUGCAAAUCAAGUCAAUGUGUUUCCGUUGAUUGCUCAUGUAAACCAAAUCAAUGCAUGUUUAUGGAUUCCUUGGAGCCACAUGUGGUGGGACCAGAUAAAGAGACAUUCAAUUAAACUUCAUACAUGUAGUAAUGUGUUUUGAAUGGCCAUGUGCACUGCUCAGCGACAUUAUGUGGUCUGAUAAGAUUCCUCUUCUUACUUCACGUUUACAUCACUGGGGGAAGAGCCUGUCUCAUAAUGAUUGACAGCUCCAUUAAGAGAGAGUACAUGGGAUUGGAUUAUUGACUGCCAUCAAUGGAUGACCAUGAAUUUAUGCUUUAACUUCAUAAGUAAAACUUGUUAAAUAAUAUAAAUGAUACUUUUACUUUACAGCACAUUAUUGAUGUGAUGCACUUUUUUCUUACAGCUAAAGUCUGUGACUUUGAUUUCGCUUAUUGCUGUGCUUUCUAUGUGUCCUAUAUUGGUGGGAAAUUAUGCUUCCUUCCUUCCUUAGGCAAAAAUGUUUUAUCUGUUUACAUCAAUGACAUAAAGCUCUUGAUUGUGCGGGAUAUAAAGAGUGUAUUGUGUGUGUGUGUGUGUGUGUGUGUGUGUCUGCAUUUACUGUAAACAUCGUUUGGGGCCAUAACAUUCUCAGAAGUAAACUAAAUGUGACCAAACCUCUCUUUGGGCACACUAAGAACAUCUACAAUUGGUAAAUCAAUAAAAAAAAAGUGAAUUUCUUGUAGAGUUAGGCUAUAAUAUUAAGUACAAUUGCUUUUAAUUAUGUGAAGAAAUGUCCCUAUUUACAGCUAUAGUAUCUAAAUGUGUGUCUCUGCAUGACCAAACAAAAUCAAUAGCACUCUGAAGAAUGAUGUGAUGUGUGGUUCUCUCUUAUGUAAAUAUAUAUAAUAUAAUUGACAUGUAUAAAAGCUCACUGACGUAACUGGCUUUACUUUUGUUGUGUUGAAAAGAAUGUAAAGAGAAUAAACAUGUGAAUAUAGAUGAUAUACAGUAUAUACACAUCACCAAACAA